AUGCCGAAGGAUAAGAAGAAGCGUGCACGUAACGUUGGCACCGAUUCAGCAUCACAAAAUGCAAUGGGGCGUACAUUAGCGACACCAAAUACAAACUUAGGGCAGCAUUUCCUCAAGAAUCCCAUGAUUGUGACACAAAUUGUGGCCAAAGCGGCGAUUCGUGGCACAGACGUGUGUCUUGAGGUUGGUCCUGGUACUGGUAACCUGACAGUAAAGCUACUAGAUCAGGCUAAGCGGGUGAUAGCUGUGGAGUUUGAUACACGAAUGGUGGCAGAGCUGCAGAAGCGUAUCCAGCACACGGAACAUAUGAACCACUUGCAGAUCAUUCACGGAGACGUUAUGCGCGUGCAGCUACCAUUCUUCGACGUGUGUGUAGCCAAUUUGCCGUACCAGAUUUCGUCUCCAUUUGUGUUUAAGCUACUGGCUCAUCGUCCGAUGUUUCGUUAUGCUGUGAUCAUGUUCCAAGAGGAAUUUGCUAAGCGACUCAGUGCCAAACCUGGUGAGGAUUUGUACUGCCGCUUGUCCGUAAACACGCAAUUGCUGGCUAAAGUAGAUCAGCUACUGAAGGUUGGUCGCAACAACUUUCGUCCACCGCCUAAGGUUGAGUCACGCGUGGUUCGUAUCGAACCGCGCAACCCACCGCCGCCAGUAAACUUCACGGAAUGGGAUGGAAUGAUUAAGAUCAUUUUUAACCGUAAAAACAAGACGCUGCACUCAUGCUUUGUGACAAAAUCAGUGCUGAAGAUUCUAGAGGAAAACUACAAGACGUACUGUUCACUGAACAAUGAGCUUCCGGAAGGUGACCUUGACAUGAAGAAAAAGGUCGAAGAGGUGCUGACUUUCGAGGACUUUGGUGGAAAACGUGGUGCGAAGAUGGAUCAGGAUGAUUUUUUGCUACUUCUGGAGCGUUUUAACGCGAGCAAAAUUCACUUUUCGUAG